AUGCAGGUCGAAAGUUCACAAAAGGGCGACGAGGAAAGAGGAAGAUCCAGGCGAAAAGAUCCACGAGGAGAUGGAGGAGAGAAGCAUAAGCUGAAAAACAAGGAGCAAGUCGGACAAGAGUCGACGGCCUGGACGGAGGUAAAACUUCCAGAACUUAACACAACUUUGGAGGAGAUAUGGGAGGAGGUAAUAUUGACCGGAGAGAUACCAGCACCACCAAAUUUGGGGAGAGAACCAGUCCCGGGAAGAAAGAGUCAUGAAUUUUGCAGGUAUCAUCGUUUUCACGGACAUCAUACCAAAAGCUGUAGGAGUAUUAGGAAGAUCAUACUCCGGCUUAUCAAACAAGGGAAACUCGCGCACUAUAUUGAUCGAAAGGAGACAUCGAUGAUUGCUUGUCACAACAGGCAGGCAAAAGAAAGCCGAGAAAGGAGACGACUAGGCUAUAAUUUCAUAGCGCAUUCCAGGGUAAGUUUUCAAGAUUUUGAAGAUAAUGUACUCUCAAGAGUUUACAAGGUGGAUCACGAAGGUAAUGAGAUAAUGAAUUCCCCGAAGGAAGAACCAUUGGAAGACUGGAAAAAUAGAGAGAUAUACUUUUCGCCGAAGGACGUACCAGAAGGAGAAGCUCAGCAUAUGAAUUCACUAGUCAUUAGCCUAGCUAUGGCCAGGAUUGCAUCCCAGGAAGGGGGUCAGCAAAAUAAGGAGGUGACUUGGGCGGUGGACAAAAUAUUGAUAGACAAGGGAAGCUCAGUAGAUGUCCUCUUUUACCAUACCUUUAGAGCUUUGGGGUAUGAGGAUUCUGACUUGUUACCUUCUGCAUAUACGCUGUAUGGAUUCAAUGGAGUGGCGACAAGGCCAAAAGGCGAGGUAUGCUUGAAAAUAUUGGCGGGAGAGUUGGAAGCAAAGGUUACUCUAUGUGUGGUAGAUGUGGAAUCGCCGUAUAACGCUCUUAUAGGAAGACCAUGGAUACAUGGGAUAAAAGGAGUUGCGUCCACUUAUCACCAAAUGAUACGGUUCCCAAUGCCAAGUGGAAUCGGCGAAAUACGGGAAGCAGCGAAGAAGCCGAGAACUGCAACAAGAAAGAUGUUGAUAUUUACGAGAUUAAAGUAA